AUGGAGUGGGCACCAACACCAGAGGGACUUUCACAGCUUUUGCAGCUGCUUAAAGAUUCAGUAUCCACUAAUAAUGAAAUUCAUAGCAUGAUUCAACAGAAAUUGGACUCAUUUAAUAAAAUACCUGAUUACCCCAACUAUCUUGUAUACAUUCUCACCCAAAUGCCACAAGAAGAACCAUCCACUCGUGCGAUUGCGGGCCUUCUUUUAAAAAACACUAUCCGUGUAUAUUUCGCAACAAUUCAACGUGAUGUGCUCGCAUAUGUAAAGGCUUUGUCAAUUAAAGGGUUAGGCGAUCAGGAUGUUAUGGUACGAGGUAUUAUUGGAAAUGUGAUUACUACAAUUGUUACAAGAGGAGGGUUAGCAGAUUGGCCACAGGUUUUACCUGCUUUAAUGGAGUUAUUGGAUUCUCAAGAUUAUAAUGUUGUAGAGGGAGCUUUCGGCGCUUUACAAAAGAUUUGUGAAGAUUCUUCUCGUGAACUUGACCAAGAUAUUGAAGGCACACGACCUCUAAAUUAUAUGAUCCCAAAGAUAAUUACGUUCUUCGAUUCUCAACAUGUUAAAAUUCGUGUAUAUGCAGUAUCCUGUAUAAAUCAAUUUAUUCUUAUGAGAUCGAACUCUUUGUUCAUUCAUAUUGAUGCAUUUGUGGCGGCUCUUUUUAAACGAGCCAGUGACGAAAGUCCUGACGUCCGUAAAAAUGUAUGUCAGGCCCUGGUAAUGUUGCUUGAAGUAAGACCAGAUAAACUUUUGCCCGAAAUUGCAAAUGUUGUGGAAUAUAUGUUGUUUUCUACUCAAGAUCAAGAUGAACAAGUUGCUCUUGAGGCAUGUGAAUUUUGGUUGGCAUUUGCUGAACAAGAAGAUCUUCGAGAGCAUUUACGCCCUUUCCUACCAAGAAUUGUACCUGUCUUAUUAAAAUGUAUGGUAUAUAGUGAGAUGGACAUUUUAACCCUUGGGGGAGAUGAGGAUGAUACUAAUGUUCCAGAUAGUGAACAAGAUAUUAAACCUCGUUUUCACAGAGCUAAGACUCAUACUUUUGAACGCACGGAGUCUAAUGGUGGUGCUGGUGGUAGUGAUGGAGAUUCAACAGCAAAUGUUAAUCGUGAGGAAGAGGAGGAGGAAGAAGAUGAUGAGGAUUUGGAUGAUGACGAUAUUUAUUCUGAAUGGAAUCUGAGAAAAUGUUCGGCAGCUGCAUUAGAUGUGCUUGCAACUGUUUUUGGUAACGAACUAUUAGAAAUUUUGUUGCCUUUCCUAAGAGAACAAUUAUUCCAUCAAGAAUGGAAACAUCGGGAAUGCGGUAUUUUAGCACUUGGUGCUGUAUCGGAAGGUUGCAUGGAAGGAGUAGAACCACAUUUACAAAAUUUGGUCCCAUAUCUUAUUCAGACACUUGACGAUCCAAAGCCCCUUGUUCGUUCAAUUACAUGUUGGACAUUAGGUCGUUAUUCUCGAUGGUGUGUCCAUCCUCCUAACCCACCACAAGAUAGGCAAAAGUAUUUUGUUCCUUUAUUGGAGGGGCUCUUGCGUAAAGUUCUUGAUAACAAUAAACGUGUACAAGAAGCCGCUUGUAGCGCAUUCGCUACUCUUGAAGAAGAAGCUUGUGAACUUCUUAUACCAUUUCUAGAUCCUAUUCUUCGAAAUCUUGUAUAUGCUUUCUCUAAAUAUCAACACAAGAAUUUACUUAUUCUAUAUGAUGCUAUUGGUACUCUUGCCGAUUCGGUCAGCUCAGCACUUAAUAAGAAAGAAUACAUCGAGAUAUUAAUGGCGCCACUUAUUGAAAAAUGGCAUUUAUUAAAAGAUGAUGAUAGGGAUUUAUUUCCAUUGCUCGAGUGUUUGUCAUCUGUCACGACAGCUCUUGGUUUAGGUUUCUUGCCAUACGCACCUCCAGUAUUUGAGCGUUGUGUUAAACUGAUCCACAACACUUUAUUACAAUAUGACAUGCAUCAAAAUAAUCCCUCUUUGGACAUGCCUGAUAAGGAUUUUAUGAUUGUUGCUCUAGAUUUAUUGAGCGGCUUAACACAAGGAUUGGGUCCUGAGGUUGAAAAAUUUGUAGCAAAUUCUCAACCUCAAUUAUUGCCCUUGUUGAGUAUUUGUUUAAGAGAUCCUGUAGCUGAAGUUCGACAAUCGGCCUAUGCUCUUCUGGGCGAUCUUUCUAUCGCUUGCUUUUCACACAUUAGACCUUACCUUAACCAAUUCAUGGUUGAAUUAAUUAACCAGGUUGAUCCAAGAGCUGAACAUGUUAGUGUUUGCAACAACGCUGCAUGGGCAGCUGGUGAAAUUGCUUUGCAAUGUGGUGCUGACAUGCAACCUUGGAUUCCUCCUUUGUUGGAUCGUUUGAUCCAACUUUUAACCAGUGAAACAACUCCUCGAACACUUUUGGAAAACGCAGGAAUUACCAUCGGUAGAUUAGGACUAGUUUGCCCACAAUUGGUCGCUCCACAUUUAGAUGUUUUCUCCGAAGCCUGGUGCAAAGCCUUACGAGGAAUUCGAGAUAACGAUGAAAAAGAUACUGCUUUUCGUGGUUUAUGUGAAAUGAUUCAGGUUAACCCGAAUGGCAUCGCAAAGAGUUUUCUGUAUUUCUGUGAUGCUGUUGUGCAAUGGCAGCACCCACCCCCAGAGCUAAAUGAAAUAUUCCGUAAGAUUCUGACCGGCUUUAAACAAAUGAUGGGCCCAAACUGGGAAGCAUAUACAAGUAAUUUCCCACCUCAUAUAAGGCAAAGACUCCUUGAACGAUACGCACUUUGA